AUGGCCUGGCGAGCCCCACACCCACUGCUACUGCUGCUGCUGCUGUUCCCAGGCUCUCAGGCACGAUCCAAGGCUCAGGUACUUCAAAGUGUGGCAGGGCAGACGCUGACCGUGAGAUGCCAGUACCCGCCCACAGGCAGGCUCUACGAGAAGAAAGGCUGGUGUAAGGAGGCAUCAGCACUCGUGUGCAUCAGGUUAGUCACCAGCUCCAAGCCCAGGACGGUGGCUGCAACCUCUCGAUUCGCAAUCUGGGAUGACCCUGCUGCUGGCUUCUUCACUGUCACCAUGACUGAUCUGAGAGAGGAAGACUCAGGACACUACUGGUGUAGAAUCUACCGCCCUUCUGACAACUCUGUCUCUAAGUCCGUCAGGUUCUAUCUGGUGGUAUCUCCAGCCUCAGAGAGUACCCAGACCUCUUGGGCUCCCCGCAACCUGGUCUCUUCACAGACCCAGACCCAGAGCUGUGUGCCUCCCACUGGAGGAGCCAGAGAAGACCCUGAGUCUCCAGCUACCAUCACUGUCCCUUCACAGCCACAGAACUCCACGCUCCACCCUGGCCCUGCAGCCCCCUGUGCCCUGGUCCCUGUGCUCUGUGGACUCCUCGUAGUCAAGAGCCUGGUGCUGUCAGCCCUGCUCAUCUGGUGGGGGAACAUAUGGUGGAAAACCCUGAUGGAGCUCAGGAGCCUGGAUACCAAAAAAGCCACCUGCCACCUUCAACAGGUCACGGACCUUCCCUGGACCUCAGUUUCCUCACUUGUAGAGAGAGAAAUGUUAUACCACACUGUUGUAAGGACUAAGAUAAGCAAUAAUGAUGAUGAACACGCUUUGUGA